GAACCAACAGAACCGGAAGAAUGGAAAGAGAUAAAAAAUACCACCCACAACACACGUUCAUGCUAUCUAAAUGGACAAACUGAUUAUAUGGCACCAGACGUAACUGAACAUGAGGACUGUCUGUAUCUUAACGUGUACACGCCCGUGAAACCAGGUACUGAUUCUUCCGUUCCGGUCUUAUUCUGGAUUCAUGGAGGAGGAUUCUACUUUGGGGAUGGAACUUUCCAAAUUUAUGGGCCACAGUAUCUUAUAGACUUUGAUGUCGUCAUAGUCACCAUCAACUAUCGCCUAGGUGCUUUUGGUUUCCUGACAACUGAAGACGACGUUAUUCCCGGAAAUAUCGGCCUGAAGGAUCAACAUUUUGCACUACAAUGGGUUUACACAAACAUCAAGCAAUUCGGUGGAGACCCAAAACAAAUAACAAUCGUUGGAGAGAGCGCAGGCGGAGCCUCCGUGGGUUACCACCUGAUAAGCAAGAAGACAGAAGGACUGAUCGCUGGGGCUAUUCUACAAAGCGGCACAGCCAUCUGUUCAUUCGGCUAUCAACCAUACGGAAAGUACUACGCUUUCGAAAUGGGCAAGGCUUUGAACAAAAAUUUUACGUCUGAGAAGUCAUCGGAUCUCUUAAAAGUAUUGCAAGACGCUGAUGCUGAAGACAUCAACAAAAUCUCUCUUGAAGUACCUGAAGACAAGGAAAGAAGAAUUGGCGGUGGUUCCCUAGUGUGGGUGCCUGUGGUGGAAAACGAAAAACUUGAUGGAGCUUUUAUUACUGGUCCAAUGCACAAAGACAUCAAGGAGGGCAAUGUAAACAAGGUGCCGAUCAUGAUAGGGUAUAAUUCCGAAGAAGAGAUCGCGCUUAUAGGAGAUGUUAUAGACUUUAUAGGAAAGGCUGCGAAAUUGGACGCGGAUGAUUCACAAAUCGUAGGUAACGCGUAUAACAUUAAUGAAACAAGCAAAGAGACUGCCGGACAACAACUGAAGAAACUGUACACAAAGACUACCUUCGAGGAUAAUUUGAGCGCUCUAGUGAAGUUCAAAACCGACUCUGACUUUUCAACACCGAUAAUACAACACGCCGAGUUACACUCCAGCUUAGCAGACGUCUACUUGUACCAGUUCUCGUACAAAGGAAUGAUGGGGUUCCUGAAUACAAGUAUAGAAGGAGUGGAUGCGGUUGGACAUGCUGAAGAUGUGAAAUAUCUGUGGCACGUUGACGGAUUAGACGACUUCAGUUCAUACUCUGUAGGUGACAGACUGACUCAGCGUCGCCUUCUGAAACUAUGGUCGAAUUUCGUCAAACACAGGAAUCCAACUCCCGAAGCUGAUCCACUCUUUAACAAUAUUGUAUGGCCAAAAGUAACUUCGGACAAGAUCAGCUACUUGAAUAUUAACAGAACUCUUGAAGUGAAAACAAACCCCAGACAAUACGAGAAGUACAAGACAAUCGUGGACAAAUAUGCCCAAAGUUCUAUGUAUACUUACUAGUUAUUUUAUUGUAUUUUAUUGUAUUUUGUUGUAUUUUAUUGUAUUUUGCCAUAUUUUAACGUUUACUUUAAUGUAUAUGAGAAAUAAAUGAUUACUUUAGUUCUA